AUGGGAUCAAAAGCGUCGAAAAAUCAAUCACAAGGUACCACACCACUGUCGACUGUCUUGCAGCCUUUCAAGCCUCUAACGAAACCACUAACCUACCCGUCCUUAGUCUCUGUUGUGGAGUUUAUCAGCUUUGGUAGACGAAAACAACUAUACGCCAAAUGUCCGACAAUUAGAAAACUCGAAGAAAGACUACCCUAUCAUCUUGAACGUGUGGAAAUCCGAACAGGACGCUCUGACUACAUUGUUUUGAAAUUUGACAAUUUUUCAAUUGGUAAUUUUGGUUCGAAUAACGACAGUAAUGGCAAGAUAGCAAUGUGGUGCCCCGGAAAACGGGUGGAACGAUCAACAGGACAGUCUUUAUAUGAGGCGACUGAAAAGUUUGCAUUGUAUAAUCUGAGCAGACCAGGGACCAGAAUAAAGACACUUAAGACAAAAGACACUCCGAAAAGCAUUUUGAACUGUAUUCCCUUGACAAUCGAAAAUUUGAUAGUGAAUAAUUUCAUAAUCCACACAGACAUAUUGUCAGAAUGGAAUUGUGGAUGUAUGACAAUUGAAGGGGAACUGAGUUAUAUGGAGGUAGUGGAUUACUGUUGGAGAGUGUCAAAAAGAACCGAUCGACCGAUUCGAAGCGUUUUGAAGUCAGGGUUGAGUGGAUACUCAACAGUGUUGUUCAAAAUUCUUUCUCGGGAACUAAAUGCAAGAAAGAUAAGGAUGACAGUCUUUGGUGGCAAUGUGCUAGAGUUUGCAAGCAUCCCUAUUAACGAAUCGACCGAGUUACACGUAUCCAUGAUGAAACCUGGAGUUUUGAAAAUAAAAGUUUGUGCGAGAAGAACUGCAAUUGAUCAUGCUUUCUAA